AUGUUUUCGCGACUAUUAUUAGCGUUAAUAAUAUGUGCGUUUGUAUUAUCGGAAACAUUUACAGGCGUAAAUGGUCAAAAAGCAUGUUUCUCGAAAAUUUACUGUUUUACUGUGUCGAUGCCACCCUCGAAUGCCAAUGCUAGUGCUAAUUAUGUCACUUUUACUAUGACAGCACCUUCCACAGUUGGUUGGUUUGGCAUGGGGCUGGGUGACGGAAUGGUCGGCUCUUAUUUAAUCAUUGCAUGGCCAAACAGCGACAACACAAUAACAAUCUCACAACGCAAAGCGACCGAACAUGCCGAACCAUCAACCACGAAUCAACAAUCCGAUUUAAUUCUAGACCCAUCCAGCGGGGUGCAAAAUGGGCAAAUGGUAGCAAUAAUUAAGCGCGCUGUUACAGUGUCUGGCUCAACAAUCACUACGUCCGGCAAACAAUCUUUCGUAUGGGCCUACUCUACUGUAAAUCCUGAAAGUAAACAAGCAAAUGCCAGUUUAACACAACAUCUUAAUAGAGGGUCAACUUCUAUCCAACUAAUGACCUCUUCUGAACAGCUUGAUUCUUCUAAUCCUACUAAUGCUUCUACUUCGGUUGACUAUGGUGGAAAUUAUGUUUCAUUGGAAUCUGGAUUGACGAGUGAUCAAAAAUUAGUGAUAGCGCAUGGCGCAUUAAUGUGUAGUGCUUUUCUGUUAACAAUGCCAACUGGAAUAUUUAUGGCACGUUUUGCCAGAAAUAUAUUGCCCAAUUCAUGGUUCCCAUUGCAUGUGGGCAUUCAAUUUUUCGGCACCACCUUCUUAGCUAUUCUAGGUUAUAUCAUGAUUCAAAUUCAGAAUGGAGAUUGGAAUUCACCUUAUUUGAAUGACCAUACCAUUAUCGGGAGUAUCGUUUUCUUUGGAUUAUUGGGACAAUUAGUACUUGGCAUUAUUCAUCAUAAAUUAUUUAGAUCCGAUCGUGGAUAUAUUCCGUGGUGGACAAAACUUCAUUGGUAA